AUUCCGGUCAGGCGGUGCCCGCGCGCCCCGUGUCGGCUAUUCCAAUUGAUUCCCUCAGCGGUGCGACUGGAGGCCCGCCAAGCGCCGGCGGACGCACGAGCACGAGCGCACAGCCGCGACCGCUAAUUUUAGUGGGCGUCGCGCGCGCGGGCUGCGGAGGUGCGCGCCGGCUGGUCGCACACGGCUCCUCGCAACAUGCUGCACGCCUCUGAAGAUGUAGCAGCAUUACGAAAAAAAAUUACGUCCGAAGCCAUCGAAAAUCUACAUCUCAGCGUGGUACGGGGAAAUAUCCAGAAUGUUAAAGACUGCCUGAAAUCCGGUGUGUAUGUCGACGAAAGACUGAAAGGAGAAUGGAGCCCAUUGAUGUUUGCAUGCUCCUUAGGCCAUGCAGAAAUAGUAGACUGCCUACUGCAAUAUGGCUCCAAUCCCAACUUCCACAAAGGACACUUUACACCACUGAUGGCUACCUGCACUUCUACUAAAGACGAGAAGAAGCUCUUAGAAUGUGUGAAGCUACUGGUGUACAGCGGAGCAAACGUAAACGCUAUAGAUCAGUUCCAUCACACGCCCAUCAUGUACGCGUCGAGGGAAGGCCAUGCUGAGAUAGUAGAUUUUCUAAUCCAGAGGAACGCCAACGUCCACUCAAGAGAUAAACAAGGGAGAACAGCACUGUUUUGGGCCAUAAACAACGGGAAUACUGAUGUUGUGAAAGUUCUACUUAAAGCUGGCGCACUGAAAAGUAUCAGCGAUAAGGAAUUCUUGCCCGCCGAUCUAAGCGCCAUUGCUACAGACAAGAUGGUUAAAUUCUUCCAUAAUGACACCAACAACAACAACAAUAAAAAGCUCAGCAGCAAACUAAAUGGGUUGGUAACAAUCAAUAAGGAGCUUCCGGCCUUCCUCGAAAGUAACGAAGCGUUGGUGAAAGGUCGGAGUACGAAUCUGACUGACUUGAUACUGAAGGAUGGCCUCAGCAAGAUAGAAGAACUGAAAAGGCGGUUCUAUCAGCAGUACGAAACUAUCUACUACCUGCGGUUGAGGCUAGACAGUGUACCAAAGCAGCAUCAGCCCGUUUCAAAAAUGCCCAUUACAAAGAAGUUGGCCACACAGGCUAGAGAGGCUAUGACUGUAGCUGAGUGUGUUUAUCACAACCUCAGGUUUCUCCAUCACUUUACAGUUCAGUUGUCGGAAAAGGAUGACUUGGAGCCAGAAAACGAUCCUGCCGAGAAGACUGACAACGAAUCCUCCCAGAAAUGGAGUUCUUUAAUGGUCACCAUUGGAAUUAUCGCCGUCACUCUAUUCAAAACUAAAGUGUUUGGUUUUCUCAGAUAGGAAACUCCCAAGUACUAACCACGUAGCUUUGAAAUUGUACAUACUAUUGACUGAUGUCGAUCUCAAAAUUAUUUAUGUACUAGAAAUUCCCAAAUUAUGUACCGUAUAAAAUAUCACACAAAAGUUGUAAAUGUAUUACACAAUUAACGAACUGUAUAUAGAAGUUGUUUAGUACAAAUCAUUUUGUAAUAAAAGAUUUCUCUUAGCUUA